AGAAUGAUAAACAAUCAUAUUUUUAAACCUUAAUUCAAGAUAAAUAAUGGAGAAACUAUUGAAAUUGAGGGGAAAUAUUAUGAAAAUUUAAGAUUAUUAGAAUCUUAAGGCACUUAAACAUAUAAUCGAAUCGGAAAUCUAAAAGGUAAUCAAAAAGAAGAGAUAAUAAUCAAGGAAUAUUAUGACAUAAGAUAGGAGGAAAUAGAAAUACUUUAGUAAAUUAGAAGGUAAUAAAAUGAAAAAUAAUCCAAAUGUCAAAAUAUUAUAAAAAUACUUGGAAUUAAGGAUAACACUAUUAAUUAACAAUCCUAAUAAGAACGAAAAUUCUAUGUAGCAAUGGAAAAAGGUAAGGCUGAUGUCUUAGCUUUGAUAAUAUAACAUAAAAAUUUACCGUACAUAAUUAAGCUGAACUUGUUCUUAUAAGUAAAUUCAACAUUUUAUUAAGAUGGUAUAAGGAGUUAAAGAAUUACAUGAGCUCGGUUAUUUCCAUAGAGAUGUGAAACCAGAAAACUUUGUCUAUUUUUAAAAUUAAAAUCAGGAAUAUUAAAUUAAACUAAUAGAUUUUGGUAUAGCAAAAUAAACAGAUGCAAUAAAUUAAACGGUUCAUGUGGGCACUUAUAGAUACAUGGCACCUGAAGUUUUACGAAAUGAAGGCAAUUACGAUAAAUCUGUCGAUGUUUGGAGUCUUGGAAUCACUUUUUAUUAUAUUCUCACUUUAGAAGAUUUUAUUCAAGGUAAAAUAUCUACUCUUAUUUUUAGCUAAUAAUAAUAAGGCUCUUUAAAAAUAUUUUUUAGAAUUAACCCAACAGUAAAUAGAUUAAAAGUUAAAUAAUUCUAAUGGUAUUGAAUAGUUUGAAAAAUAAUUGCUAGCUUGCAUGUUAUAAUAAAACAAAUUAUAUAGAAUUGGAUUGCAAGAACUAAUAAAUAAAAUUAAAAUCAGAAUAAAAACUUUUUAAUAAGAAAAUUCUCCUAAAAAAGAGUAAAUAUCACAAUAAAAUUUUUAAUUCUAGAAGUUCUAGCAAUUUGAUAAAUUAAAUUUCUGUCCAUUUUAAACAAAUAAAAAGAAUCAAACGUAUUUUUAAAUAAAGUCAAAAUAAUAAGAUGACAAUGAACUAGAAAAAUUACCCAAGUUAUAAGCGUAGUCAAUCGAAUUAGAUGAUAAAAAAAAAAGUGAAUUAUCUAUACUAAAUACUCAAUUGCAAGCCAUAUUUGAGCAAUUCUAGAAAGAUAUAAGACAAAUCAAAAUAGAAUGUGAAAGCAACGAGUUCUUGAGUAAAAUGAAAGAUAAGACAGAUUAACUAUAAGACAUUUUUAAAGAAUAAAAAAAAACUUUGUAAGUUUAUUCUUAAGCAGUUUGUGAAAACGAUAGAUUAUUUAAGGAACAUAUUAUGGUCAUUGAGAAAAAGAAAGGGUCUGGAAAAAUAUAAUUGAAAGAUUUGUUUAUAAAAUAGUAAAAAAAUAGUUAAAAAGUAGGAGGAGAAUUAGAACUUCUAAUAAAUUCUGUAGAUGAAAAACUUAAGGAAAUAAAAUUUAUCCCUAUGUUUACGAAACUAAUAGAUACUUACUUAGACAUAAAAAAGUAAGAUCUUGAAUUAGAUAAAGAAAUAAAUUAAAUUAAUACAAUUAUGUCUAAUUAAUAAUUAGAUCCAUCGUAAUAUAAUUAGUUCAAAGAAUAAAUUUAAAAACUUAUUUCUAAAUUACAUGAAUUAAAUCAGAAAAUACCCUAAGAUAAUGAGAUUUAAGAAUUCAAUAAUAAGUUUAAAUUCAAUUUUGAAUCUUAUUAUGUAUUAUAUGCUUUAGUUAAUUAUAUAAAGUAGUUUCAUAUCACAAAAUAUUAUGAAAAAAUAAGGGUCUCACGUCAGAAAAAAAUUCAAAAAUAACCAAAAUAAAGCAUCUGUUAAAAACAAUUUUACGAAAAAUAAACAAAUAAAUCAGAACAUGAUAUCAUAUUAGAGAAGGAAGCUUAAGAUUUAUUAUAGAGAUACAAAAAUAUUUUAUUUCAGGAUUAAAAGAUAAUGACGAUAUAAGAAAUGGAAAAGGAUCAAGAAUAUAUGGAUAAAAUAAUUGUAGAUCUGGAAACAUCAAUUAGAGAAAGUGUUAGGGUAACAUUGGGCGGUUUUGUAAAAACUUAAGAAAUAAUCUAAAAGGUCAUCAAUGGAGGAGGGGUAUACAAAAUACAAAACUUUGCAUAAAUUUUGAUUUUUCAAGCCAUCUAUAUUUACUGAAAAAACAGCAUCCAAAC